AUGACUGAUUUCGACUAUUCAAGUACAUUAAUUGAUUCUAAAGUGCGAAAAGAUGAUACAUAUAUGAGACCAGCCAUUACUCAAGCGAUAUCAGCUAUUGUUCCAGAAGUAUGCGAUGGAAUAAUCGAGGUACUUCAAGAAUAUGUGAAGGCACCGUCCACUGAGGAAGAGUGGUUGACUGUUGCAAAAGAAUUUAAAGAUAAAUGGAACUUUCCACAUUUUAUAGGUGCUGUGGAUGGAAAGCAUGUAAUGAUCCAAGCACCGUGGAAUAGUGGCACAGAAUACCAUAACUACAAGAAUUUCUUUAGCAUAGUAUUAUUUGCCUUAGUUGACGCAGACUAUAAUUUUAUGUACGUCGACGUAGGAUGCCAAGGACGAAUAUCCGAUGGCGGAGUAUUUAAAAAUACUAAUUUGUACAAGAAAUUGGAAAAUAAUACAUCAAAUAUACCAACACCAAGUGCUUUACUAGUCUCAUAUUCGCUGAAGAUACCAUACAUGAUAUUAGGUGAUAAAGCAUUUGCAUUAAAUCAAUACACCAUGAGACCAUUCGAAGGCAACCCAGAAAGAGGCUCAAUUGAAAGAAUAUUCAAUUAUCGGCAUUCUAGAGCUCGAAAGGUGGUUGGACUUUACCAAAAGGUGGGACGCAAAUUCGGAUGCGUCAUAUAUCAUUGGAAAGCCCUUAACGAAAGGAACACAAUGGUGUGGGUGGGAGGUCUUAAAUAUGUGAUCUUGACCUGA